UAAUAUAUUUUAGCUUUUUUUUCAAACUAAACAUUUUGAUAUAUGAAAUAAUGAAGCACAUAUUCAUAGACUAGGACACGGUUUUACUUAUAAAUUAAUAUAAAAUAUUUUUUAAUUAUUUCAAUUACGUUACGAAUGCCACGCGGCGUUUUCGAACCAAUGAAAUUGCUAAGAAGUAUACAUCAUUUGUGCAGACUUUCAAAGACCACUUCUAACUGUACUUUCACGCCUCUUACUAUAAACUGCAAUUUUGCAAAGCAUCUGUGUCUACCAGCUUGCAGCUAUAGUACAAAGUGGGGAACAAAGAAAAAUCAUCGUACAGUAAAAUUAAAUAUAUUUUUAGAUAGCAUGGCUGAUCCACAGAUUGAAGUAAUAUUAGCCCCAUUGAGAGCUAAUGUUAAAGAACAGGGUGAUUUGGUUAGGAAAUUGAAAGCAGAUGGUGCACCUGAUCUGGAUAUUAAAAAAGCAGUGGCUGAAUUAAAAGCUAGGAAAAAGAUUUUAGAAGAUAAGGAGUUAAGUCUGGUUCCUGAUGCAGCAACAUUUGAUCGUGCUAAAAUGGAAGAUCUGCUCAAACGCAGAUUUUUCUAUGAUCAGUCUUUUGCUAUAUAUGGAGGAAUAACUGGACAAUUUGAUUUUGGCCCAAUGGGUUGUGCUUUUAAGGCCAAUCUUUUACAAACUUGGAGGCAGUUCUUUGUUCUUGAAGAACAAAUGUUGGAAGUGGAUUGUUCUAUCUUAACACCAGAAACUGUUUUAAAGGCCUCUGGACAUGUGGACCGGUUUGCAGAUUUAAUGACAAAAGAUAUGAAAACAGGUGAAUGCUUUAGACUUGAUCAUUUGAUUAAAGCACAUUUGGAAAAAAUUUCUGCUGAUAAAAAGACAAGCAAUGAAACCAAAGCUGACUGUUCAGAUAUUAUAAUCAAGUUGGAUGGUAUGAAUAAAGCUGAAAUGGCUGCUGUAAUGGUCAAAUUCAAUAUGAAAAGUCCACUUACUGGAAACGAUUUAACAGAACCAAUUGAAUUUAAUCUUAUGUUUGGAACACAAAUUGGCCCAUCUGGUUUGAUUAAAGGUUUCUUGAGACCUGAAACAGCCCAAGGUAUCUUCGUCAAUUUCAAGAGAUUACUUGAAUUUAAUCAAGGCAAAUUGCCAUUCGCCGCUGCCCAAAUUGGAAAUGCUUUCCGUAAUGAGAUUUCGCCCAGGUCAGGUUUGAUCCGUGUUCGUGAAUUCACCAUGGCUGAAAUAGAACACUUUUGUGAUCCAGAUGAUAAGAAACAUCCUAAGUUUGUCGAUGUUGCUCAAACUGAGAUGUUGUUAUAUUCAGCAUGUAAUCAAAUGGACGGUAAAGCUGCUGAAAGAGUAAAAAUUGGAGAUGCAGUUGAAAAAGGAUUAGUUGCUAAUGAAACUUUGGGAUAUUUUAUGGCAAGAAUACAAAUGUUCUUAAUUCAAUCUGGUGUUGAAACCACCAAACUUCGUUUCAGGCAACAUAUGGCUAAUGAAAUGGCCCAUUAUGCCCAAGAUUGUUGGGAUGCUGAAUGUUUAACAAGUUAUGGUUGGAUUGAAUGCGUUGGGUGCGCAGAUAGAUCUGCAUAUGAUCUUACUCAACAUACAAAAGCUACAGGAGUACGUUUGGCCGCAGAGAAAAAAUUACCAGAGCCAAAAGUAAUUGACGUCGUCGAAGCCAUUCCUAAUAAAGGCCUAUUGGGAAAAACAUUUAAAAAGGAUGCGAAGAUUAUUACUGAUGCUCUAAAUCUAUUGAGUGAAAGCGCUGUUGAUGAUUUUGAUAAACAAUUGCAAGGAAAAGGGUCUUAUGAUUUAGUAGUUGAUGGAAAAUCAUUUAAUUUGACUAAGGAAAUGAUUGAAGUUAAGAAAUAUCAAAAAACUAUUCAUGUUGAUGAAAUAACACCAAGUGUCAUCGAACCAUCAUUUGGUGUGGGCCGUAUAAUGUACGCAAUAUUUGAACAUAAUUUCAAAAUGCGUGAAAAUGAUGAGCAAAGAACUUACUUAUCUUUACCAUCAUCUGUAGCACCACUUAAAUGCAGCGUUUUACCGUUAAGUUCCAAUGUUGAGUUUCAACCAUUCAUUAAAAAGAUAUCUGCGGCUCUAACCAAGGUAGAUGUUUCGCACAAAGUUGACGACAGUUCCGGAUCGAUUGGAAGACGUUACGCUCGUACCGACGAAAUUGCAAUUCCAUAUGGGAUCACAAUCGAUUUUGAUACUUUAAAAGAACCUCAUAGUGUGACAUUGCGCGAAAGAGAUUCGAUGAAUCAAGUCAGAAUUCCGCUUGAAGAAAUUGCUCAAGUAAUUCACGAAUUGUCAUACAAUAAGACAAAAUGGACAAUUGUUGAGGGAAAGUAUCCAAAGUUUGAUCAACAGGAAAAUAAAGCCACCUAAUACAAUGAUUGCAUUUAAAUAAUAUUUAUGAAUAUGUGAAGGCAUUUAAAAAAAUAAUAGUUUAAACAA